GCACGCCACUCGUGAUACAAAGCACGCAUCUCGAUUCUGCAGCUCCGACGAUUGCUUCGCACGAGUGACGGCUUUGGAGUCUGGAGUUCGAACUCGCUAUUCGCUGCUCGCUCAGAGCCGUCGACUUUAUAAUCAUAACAUGGCCUUCCUUGACUGAAAACAACAUAUAAUAGGGUCUGCAGUCUGCACUGCGUUCGCGACGGAUGCUGCGGUAAAAGCGAGGAAUCACCGCUGUAAUUUAUAGAAACUGGCUCGGUAGGAGAGCCGGCUAAAGAAAGAAAGAAAACAAUGACGGCAAACGGCGAUAAUGCCCACGGGAUGACACAGGCGCCCUCGAAAGCGGACCUCAUUAUCAAUCAGCACUGCAGGUUGUGCGCCAGAAUUGCCGACAGACUCGUCGGCAUCUUCGAAACGGAGGGUCGCCAGCACGACGUGCAGAGCAAAAUCGAAAAGUGCCUUCGCAUACAGAUUUCAACUGCAGAUUCUUUGCCACAAGCUAUUUGUUACAACUGUUUAAAAAUAUUGAAUCAAUCUAAUGAUUUUUACAUCAAAAGUAAUGAUGCUCAAUUACUUCUCAAGAAAGUAUUUUUAGAAUCUGAAAAAUCACUGAAAAAAAAUACAAGUUUUACGGAUUCAAAUAAUCAUACCUCUUCAAUUUUUUUACCCGAGUUCAAAGAUUGUUCAAGUGAUGAUAGUCGUGAUAAUCACAAUGAUAAUAUGAGUAACUAUUCUUUGAACAAUACAGAUAUUGAAAAUAAUGAAAAUAUUGGAGACCAAGAUGUAAAAAAUCAAAAAAUUGCAAGAAAAGUAAAAAGAAAAAACAAUGAAAACAAAACUAAUUGCAUAAAAGAAGAUAAAAAAAAUAGAAAAAGACCUGAUAAUUAUAUGACUGGAACUGACUCUGAUAUGGAGAUGUUGAUUAGCACUGAAAAAAAACCUUCAAAUUUACUCCAAAAGUCAGGUACAAAAAAAAGAGAGAAACAAUUUAGAUAUCCUUGGCUGUGUACAGACUGUAAUGAAAAACUACCUAGCUUAGAAACCCUCAAUGAACAUCAUAAAAAUAUUCACAAUCAAGAUUCUAAGUUCAUGUGUGUGCUGUGCUGUAAAAUUUACAAUAAAUAUUAUGGUUUUCUAGCACAUGUUAAAAAACACAAAAAUUUACCUCAAUACAGCUGUGAUGAAUGCGAUAGAAUGUUUGUUCAUAAAAAAGUAUUAGAAACUCACAAAGCAAUCCACAGUAAUGAGAGACCUUUCAUUUGCUCAACAUGUGGAAAAUCUUUCAAGCAACAAAGUGCGCUUUAUACUCAUUCAAGGUGCCAUUUACCAGAGGAUAAAAAAAAUAAAUAUCCUUGUGAUCAGUGCGAUAAAAAAUUCUCUACAAAACCAAAUUUAAUAACACACAAACGAAUUCAUGCUGGUAUCAGAAAUUUUACUUGUGACCAAUGUGGGAAAAGUUUUAUACAAAAAGGUAAUCUGGAGGCACAUUUUUUAACACAUUCCGCUGAAAAACCAUUCAGCUGCUCUGAAUGUCCAAAAUCAUUCAAGACUUCGCUGUUAUUGAAAAAGCACAUAACUGUUCAUACUGGUGCUAAACCUCAUGAAUGCAAUGUAUGCGGUAAAACAUUUCGAGAAAAAGGAACUCUACGUGAACACGAAAGAAUUCAUACUGGAGAAAUGCCGUUUUCUUGCGAAUUUUGUGGAAAAUCUUUUAGAUUCAAAGGCAUAUUGACUACUCAUCGUCGACAACAUACUGGUGAACGACCUUAUAGUUGUCAAGAAUGUCAGCAUCAUUUCACCAACUGGCCUAACUAUAAUAAACACAUGAAACGACGUCAUGGAAUUGACACCUCAGGUUCUAAAAAGAAACUAAAAAACAAAACAACUCAAGAGAAUUUACAAAGUUCACAAUCAAUGGAAAUUAAUGAAAGUGUAACUUCUCAACCAUGUCCAAUAAUAGUUCAAGUAAUUCAGGCAGUACCUCAUGUCACUAUGGCUCAAUCAAUUGUUCUACAGACUGAUUCAUCUAAUUCAGCUACAACUGCUCAAACGUAUGCUGAACCUAAUGAAAUUUUACCAACCAUAAUGCAUGAUACAUAUCAACAAAGACCAAUAGCAUCUCAAAAUUAUGGAGGACCUCCAUUGGCUACAUUUAUGCAGACUUAUUCCAACUUAUACAGCGUAUCUGAAGCUAAUAAUACUAUCAAUCAUAGAUAAUAAUAGUUUACUUCAUACAUAAUAGUUUAGUGCAGUUCUCAAACAGUGCAAAAUUUUUUGAAUUGUGAAGAUGUUUAUAAUCUUCCUUGACAUUAAAAUUAAUAGUGUUUAUGCAUUACGAGAUACAAAAAUUUCUUACACAGAGUAUUGCAAUACAAGCUCAAAGUACAACAGUAAAUUUUAUAAAAAUUUAUUUGAAAAUUCAAAUUAUUUAUCUAUGAU